AACUAUUUAAUAUUUCAUCAAGCAAAAAUGAAUAUUGAAGAAAUAGAUACAAAGCCAUUUGAUGGACAAAAACCUGGAACAUCUGGUUUGCGUAAACCUGUUAAUACAUUCUUGCAAGAUCAUUACACAGAAAACUUUAUUCAAUCAAUUUUUGACGCUGUUGGGGUACAGUUAUUUGGAAGAACAUUGGUAGUUGGUGGAGAUGGAAGGUUUUUUAUGAGUGAUGCCAUUAAAAUUAUAAUUCAAAUGGCAGCUGCUAAUAAGAUUGGGAAACUAGUGAUUGGCGUUGACGGCAUUCUUUCAACACCAGCUGUAUCAUGUAUUAUCAGAAAGAAGAAAGCGUUAGGUGGAAUUAUUUUAACAGCUAGUCAUAAUCCUGGUGGCAAAGAUGGAGAUUUUGGAAUUAAGUAUAAUACCUCAAAUGGAGGACCGGCACCUGAAGGUAUAACUUCAAAGAUAUACGAACAUACAACAACAAUUACCAACUACAAGAUAUGUAAAGAAUUACAGAACUGUGACAUCAGCAAGCCUGGAAGUUUUGAAUAUGAUGUUCAAGGAAAACAAUUUCAUAUUGAAGUUAUUGAUCAAGUUAAAGAUUACGUGGAUUACAUGAAAAGUAUUUUUAACUUUUCUUUACUCAAAGAUUUUUUGUCAACCAAUGAGUUCAAAAUCAUUGCAAAUGGCAUGAACGGGGUGACUGGACCUUAUCUGCGCAGAAUAAUUUGUGAUGAGCUCGGGGCGUCAGAGGAAUCCAUCAUUAAUGCUGUGCCUAAAGAUGAUUUUGCUGGUGUACACCCAGAUCCAAACAUGACAUACGCUGCUGACUUUGUUGAGUUGAUGAAAGGUGGUCAGUAUCAUUUAGGAGGGGCAUUUGAUGGAGACGGUGACAGGAAUAUGAUACUUGGUCAUAAUGCAUUCUUCGUCAACCCAUCAGAUUCUGUGGCCAUCAUAGCAGCAAACUAUGAGUGUAUCCCGUACUUUAAAAAAGCAGGCUUAAAAGGUGUGGCACGAAGCAUGCCCACAAGUGCAGCUCUUGAUCGUGUUGCAGAAAAGUUGGGUGUGACUGGUUACGAAGUUCCAACAGGAUGGAAAUUUUUUGGUAAUUUAAUGGAUGCUGAAAAAUUGUCGAUAUGUGGUGAGGAGAGUUUCGGAACUGGAUCGGAUCAUAUUCGAGAAAAAGAUGGCGUGUGGGCGUAUUUAGCGUGGUUGAGUAUCUUAGCAACGAAAAAGUUGUCCGUACAAGAAGUCAUAGAAAAUCAUUGGAACGAAUAUGGAAGAAAUUUUUUCACCAGGUAUGAUUAUGAAAACGUAACAAGCGAGUCUGGAAAUGAACUAAUGGCUCAACUCCGUCAAUCAAUUAAUGACAGUUCUUUAAAUGGAAAAGAAUUUGGAACAUAUACUGUGAAGAAUAUGGAUGAUUUCAAAUAUGUUGACCCCAUUGAUGAAAGUGUCUCGGAAAAACAAGGUAUUCGUAUUAUGUUCACGGACGGAUCACGCAUCAUCGUUCGAUUAAGUGGCACUGGUUCCCAGGGUGCAACUGUUCGAAUAUACGUCGAAAGUUACGUAACCGAUAGUACGAAAUUGAAAGAUGAUACGCAGGAGGUGUUAAAACCAUUGGUAGAUAUCGCACUUGAACUUACCAAACUAAAAAGUAUAACUGGAAGAACGGAACCAACUGUCAUCACUUAGAUAGCAUUUUACAAGUGUAGAAAUGUUUACAUAAUUUGUUUUUAUAUUAUCGUAUUAUUACGUCUUUAUCUGGUGCAUCGUGUUUUAACUAGUUCCCAGGACUCUGUCCUUGUUUUUAUUUGUAACUUGUCUCCAGCUCUCUACCUGUGUGUGUAUUUUGUUUCUGUUUGUUUUGUUUUUGCGUGUUUCCGUAGUAUACCCCGUGUAAAUUCCUACUUGUUUACCAGACCUGUGUAGUAAGUUUGUGUCUGUUGUCAGCGUCCUGGGAACGAUAUUGUAAGUAAACAAUCAUAAAUUUAACUCACUCAGAUUUAAUUUGAAUUCAUUUUUUCUUACAUUAAAUUAAAUUUAUAUCAAGAAUGAAA